AAUGUGGGAUUUGUGCAAAUCGGUUGACUUUAAUUUAGGGUUUGCUCUGAGAAAUUUUUCUGUAUUUAUUCGGGGUUUAAAUUAUUCAUUUCGCAUCUAGCUAGCUAAACUGUCUAAAAUAUCUUAUUAUAAUUUUUAGUAUGGUUGUUGUGUAAAGCAACAACAAAUAUAACAACAUAUUAUGUAUAGAAAUAUGUUUCUUAUGUUUCCUGUGAAAUCCACUUGAGUUGAGUUUGAAGAAAGGAGGAGAAUGUCAGGUUGAUAUUAGGAAGCUCUAAAAACCAGAUGUGUGUGUUUCCAUCUAGCCUUAAGGCAUCUCAUGGAAACGUGUGAGUCUCUUAUGAAAAUGCUUACUUACCUUAGGUGUCUCUUGUGGAAACACAUGUCUCUUGUUGAACAUGAAUUGCCUACAACUCAACAAAUCUAAGGAAUCACCCACAGGGUUCGAAUUAGCAGUUUUGCAAAUCACUUUGCAAAGAAAAUGACGAAAUUGCGUAUCGAAUAUUUUUAAGCGGCGAUAGAAAUGCUUUUUUAGAUCUUGUUUUAAAAAAUUAAAAACGAAGAACGUUGAUAGAAAAGAUAAAAAUAUUUCCAUGAAAGAAAAAUGACAGAAAUGUAUGACGAUGUGCAGUGCUUGGUGGUGUGUUCAAAAAAUCUGGUAGCCAUAGACGAGCUUAUUAAAGCUGCUUCUAAUAAUGAUAUUCAAACUUCUGAAGCUCUCCAAAAAGAACCUUUGUCAACAAAGUGGAUAAUCACAAACAAAUAUUUUACAGCAGAUGUCAAAACAUUUAUAUGCACAAUUGAACAAUUUUUGAAACACGAUGCAAAGGCUUUCAAGUCAUUGGAGGCCCUGGUUGUUGUUUUUGAGUUAUUAGAUAAUAGCACUUUUCUUCAAGUACAGCACCUCGUAUCCAAUAUUUCCCUGGAAAACGUUGAAGUUCGUCUUUUGUUGAACAUUGAGGAAGAAAAAAGUUCUGAAAAACUAAAAGAUGAAUUAUUCUCAUGGACGAUAAAAAAUAAUUUUGAACUUGUCGAGAAAGUUUCCGAUGAUGUUGAACAAGAUGAUGGGUUUGAAGAAAAGUUUGGUAUUGAUCGAAUUCUUGAAGCUUUGAAUUCACAUGUCUGGAGUAACCAUGUCAGAAAAGAUGAACAACUGCUGACCGCUUGUACUGCUGCUGGGUAUGAAAAAGAGGAAAAAACAGAGCAAAUUUUUAACGAAGCAUCAUCGUUUGAAAAAAUGUUUGAGAAAUUUGAAGAAAUGAAAGAAAAAGCAAGAAGUUUGGAAGGAGAGGCACGUAAGGAAUACGCAGAACAAGUGACAUUAGCAUUUAUGGAAGCACUUGGUAUAUCUGACGAUGAAGAAGAUGAAGCAAAACCAAUAUAACGAAGUUGAAUUCUCUGUUAUUUCAAAAAAAUCUCCUCCAUAGAAAGACAACUACUGGAAAGAGCUGGUUCGGUAUUUUUUGCAUUAAAAAAAUUAAUAAUUGUUUUUGAAAAUAUUCCUAUGGAAAGACAUUUGGUUGGGUGGUUUAUGCGUAAGACGAAGACAUGUCCAUGUGACCUUACGUGACUGGUGUGCCAAGGGAGUUGUAUGAAGUAUUCGGUGAACUCGCGAACAUUCUGUAAAUAUACUAUUUAUACAAUUUUGUUUUGUUUAAAA